GGGGGACUUGAGCCAUCCCCAGACAAGAGGACCCUAAUUUCUCUGUGGGGCCGGUUAGUCAUCCAGAGGGUGGGUGCUCCUGGAAGUCCUGAGCUGGGGUCGGCUGGAAGAUGACUGAGUAUAAGCUGGUGGUGGUGGGAGCUGGUGGUGUUGGGAAGAGUGCUUUGACGAUACAGCUCAUUCAGAACCAUUUCGUUGAUGAGUAUGAUCCCACGAUAGAGGAUUCCUACAGAAAGCAAGUCGUCAUUGAUGGAGAGACCUGCUUGUUAGACAUCUUGGAUACCGCAGGGCAAGAGGAGUACAGUGCCAUGAGAGACCAGUACAUGAGGACGGGGGAAGGAUUCCUCUGCGUGUUUGCCAUCAACAACACCAAGUCCUUUGAAGAUAUUCACCAGUACAGGGAGCAGAUCAAGAGGGUGAAAGACUCAGAUGAUGUUCCCAUGGUGCUGGUGGGAAAUAAAUGUGACCUCCCAGCACGGACAGUGGAAACCCGGCAAGCGCAGGACCUGGCCCGGAGUUACGGGAUCCCCUACAUAGAAACAUCUGCCAAAACCAGACAGGGCGUUGAAGAUGCCUUCUACACCUUGGUGCGGGAGAUCCGUCAGCACAAGCUGCGCAAGCUGAAUCCCCCAGAUGAGAGCGGCCCUGGCUGCAUGAACUGUAAAUGUGUGAUAUCGUGACUACGCUGACUGGACCGUGUCUUGGAGAGGUUCCCACUGUGCAGUGCGCAAGGAAAGAGGUGAAGCGAAGGAAGAAGCAUACGGAUUCAGAGGAGGAGUAUAGGGGGUGAGGAAGAGGAGGAGGAAGAGGACAGAGGGAGCAUGAGCCCCUCCAAGGACUAUCUCGCACUUCACCCAAGCCUGCGGCAAGCGACUUUUUUUCUGUUGUUUUUCUUUCCUCAUCCCCUCCUCCUUUGGCCUCCUCCCACCCCGGCAACUGUACAAAGCCACAGAUCGAAUCACAGUAAAUUAUUAUUUGAUGGUCUCGACAAA